AUGGGCCCGGCAUCGAAGCGCGCAGAAGAAGCCAAGAAGUCCGACUGGCCCAAAAUGGGCAUCCGAGACCCGCAGCACCAGGCAGACAGCAGAAGAAGCGUCGACAUGGCCGAGAAGGCUGAAGAGGUUCUAUCCCCCCGCUCCGAGCUGGUCAAACGUGCAGAAGCCAAGAAAGCAGGGAGAGCCAACACGUCCGACUCGGACCUGGACCGAUUCCGCGCCGCCGCGCGGAGAAUGGCAGACGCGGCCAAGGCGGCCGCAGAGGCCAACAUCGGCGAGCUGGACCAGCACGCCGCCAGGAUGCGGCGGCUGGAGAUCGGCGCGAAGAUGCGGGAUGAGAGCCGGAGGGCGGAGAGGGAGAGGAAGCAAGUCACCGCGGAUCUGACGGAGAGGGUCGCGAGAGGGUGGAAAUGUAAAUGA